AUGAAAGGCCGACUGUGUCCUCGGCUGGAGAAACCUGGGUGGGAUCGACCUAAGGGCGGCUCGUGUGGAUGGAGUCGAGGGGGCUGCAUAAGAUGGCUGUGGGAAUACGACAGGACAAUGAAGACAAUAGCGAUGAAUAAAGAGAGAGACGGAGGAUGCUGGAUCAUCGACCCUAAAGACGCCUUCCGCGGUGAUCAACUCGGGUUCGCCGUCUGUCCUAGUCAGUCAGCGGUGGUGGCAGAAGAGGAAGAAGAGGAAGAAGAGGAAGAAGAAGCGAGAAGAGACACUUCGUCUUGCCUUAGCCUUUGCCUUCAGCCUUCGUCCUUGAGUCUGUCUUCUUGUCUCUGCGGAGUAUUAAGGACAAGGGGAGGGAAAUACGAGGCAGCGACAGGGAAGACACAGGAAGACGCAGAGGCAGAUGGCUAUGGACUAUGA